GGGCACACUUCCGCCGGCUGCAGGAGCCGAGGCUCGCCGAGGUGCUGUAUCCAGGCGUGGGGUGCGUCACCUACGACUCGCAGGAGGCGGUGGCCGCGGCCGUGUCCGCCUUCAACCACUCCGACCUGGGUGGCAACAUCAUCAAGGUAGAUUCCUCUGCAUCCAAAGGCUACGGCAAGGGCUGCGGCGGCAAGAAGGGGGGCACGUCGCCAGCCGCGCAGGCGCCGCCGGCGCCGCCGCCUCUCGACGCUGGCCUGGGCGGCGGCAUGGACAAGGGCCAGAAGGGGCAGUUCGACAAAGGCUGCGGCAAGAUGGGCGGGUUCGCGGGCGCCGAGUGGGGUGACACGAUGAGCAUGCCGUGCGGCACGGUGGAUACAUCGGGCGGUGGUGGCAAGGGCCGGGGCGGUUGCGACGGCGGCAGGGACGGCAAGGAAGGCAACCUUGGCAGCAGAGAAAUGAGCGACGAAGAUUCUCCUGGUGUCUUCAAGGUGACUGUGGAACCGUCGUCGCAGCUGGUGGGGCAGGGUUUCCCACGGGAGGCUCCAGGCAUGGCCCACGACGAGGACUACGAGAGCCUCUUCAGUCAGGCUGGCCACGUCCUCGCAGACCUGGUCGGCAGCUUCCAGGAGUUCUGCACCCUCGUCCACGACCCCGACUGGCAGCAGUUCCCCGACGUGGCCGCGGCGGUGCAGGCGGGCGGAGGGCCCAAGGGCCGCCUCGCGAUUGCCGCCUGCCCGAACGCGGGCAAGUGGGCCGUCGGCAUAGCUGCGAGCUCGGAGAGCAGGGAAGCGGCAGCGAAGCUGGCCCUGGCGGUCUCCCUCGCGAAGGAUGACCGCUCCGUCCUCGACAAGCUGCGGAGGCCUUAUCCGAUGUUUUAUCUGUGCAUGGCCGUGCAGCCGGGCGACGACGGGCAGUGGCGCGGCACGGUAGGGGCGGGCAGGGGCACGCCUUCCGUGCGGGCGCUGCACUGGCUCACCCUGGCCCAGAACGCUGGCAUCACCCAGGCCGGUUUCCCGCCCGAGGCGCUGUGCAUAGUGCACGGCGGCAAAUCCGAUGGGGGCGCCUUCGCCAAUUCCCACAGCAUCCUGUGCGAGUUGAUGGAGGAUGCGGGCGCUGUGGAAUGCAUCGACGAUCCAGACUGGAACGUCACGCCAGAGGUCGGCGAGGCGUUGAAGGCGGCCCAGUGCGUGGAGAUGCCCUUCACCGUGGCGAAGAGCAGGCUGUUUUCCGCCUGGGGCGUCGGCGUCGGAUCUCGCUGGCAGUAUAGGGAGACAGCGGCCAAGCUCUCCUUAAGCCUGUCGAUCUGUGGGUCGACAGGCAAGCUGGAGCAGCUUUCGGAGAAGUAUCCAGAGUUCCAUGCGCUCUGCGACAAGGCAGGGCUGGUGGAGGCGGGGCUCGUGCAGCCCCCGUCCAAGCGGCGGAAGCCUCCCAGAUUUGACCAGCUGUAGCCGCACGCUCGUGCCUCACAGGGCUGCAGAGCGGCAUCCCUGCCGAAUGGGAGCGAGCACCACUGGACGGCGGGGCGGCACGCCAGCUGCGCAUCUGCGUGCGCCGUAGAAACAGGCGC